AAAUCUCCUCAAACUAUUAAAGAAAGUGCUCCUCAAGCUCUCUCCUUUCAAGAAAUCUCCUCAACACAAGCACAAGAUGAAGUUAUUAGGAUGGAUGCAUCGCAAGUUUCGGCAAAACAGUGGCGAACCACUGAGAGAUUUUGUUAUUGGCCAAGCACCAAGUGAUGACCCACAACAAUAUUUCCCAAGAACAAACAUUAUCAACAACAAACCCAAUUUCAAACAAGCCCAAAGAUCAGCAGACCUGAACCAAAGAAAAUCCAUAGAUCAUCAAGACUAUGAAUUAGAUGAACCAUUGGUGUCAAUAUCUGAGAUCUUCCCAGGCUUUCUUGCCAUUGGAACCCUAGGCUCCUCAGACCCAGCAACCCCAAAAUUCUCCAUCUCCAUUGACAACAUCACUGAAAGAGAGACUGAAAAAGUCACGGAGAAUGAGCUGAAGCUGAUCAACGAUGAGCUGGAAAAGGUGCUGCUCGAGGCGGCCGACGAGGCCAAAGACGACGCUGGUGCUGGGUCGAGGCGGAACAGCCAUGUCAGCAUGGGAAGAAGCAGCCAUGGGAGCAUUGCUACUGCACUGAGUGGUAAGCCAUUGGAUGGGCAGCUGCCUGAUCAGAGCAAUGCGGUCAACGGUGGCGGUGCCGGGGUUUGCCCGCUGCAAGGGUAUUUGUUCGGGUCUGCGGUGGAGCUGUCGGAGACGAGGACGGUGGCGAAGAAGGAGAACCGGACCUCGCUCGGGGAGCUGUUCCAGAGGAGCAAAGUGAUGGAGGAAGUUGGAGGAGGUGAUAAUAAGGAUGAGAAUAAGGAUCCAGGGGACAAGUAUGGGAUGCAGUUGAUUAAAAAGAAGCCGAAGAAAAGGAUGCUUAAUGCUGCUUCAAGGAGCUCUUCUACUGCUGCUGCUGGAGCCUUUGAUGUUUCAACUGAAUCCAAAAAACUUCAUAAGAUUCUUCAAAUGUUCAAUAGGAAAGUUUAUCCAGAAAGCCCCACAAUGGUCAAAGAAAAGUGGGAUCACAAGCCCCAAAAGAAUGACAAGAAGAAAAAGACAACCAUUGAUGGAGGAGUCAAUAACAAUAAGACCAUCAACAAUGGAGCUGAUAGAACCUCCACAGAUGAAGACAUCAUGAUGUUUCCAAAAAAGCUCAUCCUGAAAAACACCUUAAGACGCUACAACAGCCAGUCUAUUCCUCCACAAAACUCAGUUGAUGAUGAUGAUGCAGAUUCUAACAAGGAGCAAUGGAUCAAAACAGAUGCAGAAUACCUGGUGCUGGAGCUCUGAAGCACACAAGAAAACAAGAAUAUGGCCACUUGAGCAUAUAACCUAGUAUUCCUCGAAUGCAUGCAUGUAGUGAUGAUGGUCUUGAUCAUGUAGUAAAUAAACAUAAGAGGGGACCUUUCCUCUGAAACGUUAUUGUUUUGAUGUUUGUGAUUGUGAAAUGUAAAGGGUAUUGCAUAAUUAAUAAUGUUAUUGUUAAGAAAAGAAUAUAGAAAAUGCAUAUGUUUGUUUCUCGAGAUAA